CCAGCAGUGCCACCCACAAGUUCCGCCCACCUGUGCCCAGCAGUGCGCCCACUAGCUCCACCCACCUGUGCCCAGCAGUGCGCCCACCUGUGCCCAGCAGUGCACCCACCUAAGUGCCACCUACCUGUGCCCAGCAGUGCCAAACACCUAUGCCCAUCAGUGCCACCCACCAGUGACACCCACCAGUGCCACACACCAGUGCCCAUCAGUGCAGCCCAGCAGUGCUGCCAGUCAGUGCCACAAGUCAUCAGUGCCACCUAUCAGUGCUGUCUAUCAGUACCCAUCAUCGGUGUCGCCUAUCAGUGCCGCCUAUCCAUGCCACCUCAUUAGUGCUGCCUAUCAGUGCCGCCUAUCAGUG